AUGGAUGGUACUAAGCCCUACUCGGCCACGUGUACCUCUGGCAAGCGGCUCAUUGCAUCAGAUGGUGAUCCUCUCCCUGAGCCUUCCCUGUACCACCACAUCAUUAGUGCCCUUCAGUAUUGCACGCUUACAAGGCCCGGCAUCUCCUUCACAGUCAACCAGCUGUGUCAGUUCCUUCAUUGUCCCACACCCACCCAUCUUAGUGCUGCUAAGCGUAUGCUCUGUUAUUUGAAAGGGACUUCUGAUUUUGGUCUUCUCUUCACCAAGGGCUCCCUGCACCUCUAUGCCUACUGUGACUCGGACUGGGCAGGGGACCCUUCAGAUUGCAGGUCCACCGGUGGCUAUGGGGUGUUUCUUGGCUCUAGCUUGAUUUCCUGGCAUGCCAAGAAGCAGCCUGUGGUCUCCCGCUCUAGCACCGAAGCAGAAUAUCGCUCCUUAGCCGUCACCAUUGCCGAACUUUAUUGGCUAAGGAUGCUUUUUAGAGAACUUCAGGUCUGGCUUCCUACUCCUCCCAAGAUCUAG